AUGCACAAGCCUACUGGAAGCAAUGCAGCUCCGGUUCUGUUCCCUCUGCUGUCCUGCUGCAACUCUGACAUGAGAGAAUCCCAAGAACGUGUAAUGUUUGGCUGCCUCCUUACUGGAUUUCCUCCAGAGGUUUUAGAUAUCAUAUGGGAACCUGAUGGUGAUGUGAAGACGCAUUUCCCGCCUGUGAUCCAAGAUGGAAAAAAAGCAUACAGUGUCAGCAAGAUGACUGUCGCUGUCUCUAAGUUUUUAACAACACCUUAUACAUGCCGUGUAAAGCACUCCACUGGUUCAAAAGAGAACGGACCCUCAGCAACCAUCAGAUAUAAAGAUUGCAUGGGGCAAAGCCCAAAGCCAGUUCAAGUUCACAUCUUAACCCCCAACUGUGGUGAGCAGGAGACAGAGGCCAGCCUGGAGCUAGUAUGUCUCCUUCGGAGUCUUGGUCCCGGAAAAGCCAGUGUGGAAUGGUUGAUAAAUGGAGAAGUGGAGCCAAAGAAAGUGGAGGCAGAACUGACUGCCGAUAAAGACAAUGGUUUCUCUAGCUUUGUCCGCCGGAACAUCAGCAAAGACAGCUGGGAGAAUGGGGACCGAUAUACCUGUAAAGUGACUCGCCCACUGGGUAGCCAGAAUGUGACAAUGUACAACACCAGCAAGUGCCAGGCCUGCUCAAUGAGACAGCCUAUUAUCUCCAUCACAAAGCCCUCCUAUAGAAAUCUGCUUGAGGGGACAGCAAGUGUCACAUGCUCUGUGGUUGGAUCCAAUCUUGGAAACAUCCAAAUAAUCUGGCAUGUAGAUGGCAAACCUAGCCCUCAUGCUCAAGGCCCACUGGAGAAGAAAGAAGCUAACGGAAAUCAAAAUGUGAUAAGUACCCAUCCAGUAUCUAUGGAACAAUGGAAAAAGGGCACCACCUUCUCCUGUGAAAUAGGUGGCCAUUGCUAUGAAAAUGACUUCAAAGACAUAAUCAUCAAAAAUGACACAAAUACUAUUAAGCCCUCUGUUGCCAUUUCUCGAGCUCCCCUUGACAUCUCACUCAAGAAUGCCGUGGCCUUGAUUCUCAUCUGUGAUGUGAGCGGGUUUUUCCCAAAGGAAAUUAGUAUCUCAUGGAAGAAAAAUGGCAUGCCCUUGAAUGAGACACUGUACAACAAUGGGAUGGCAAAAGCGGCUGGGAAUGUGUACACCACCUACAGCAUUCUGACCAUUGGGAGAGAUGAACCAGGGGGCAAGGGCGGCAGCUAUAGCUGUGUGGUCCACCAUUCCUCUUCCGAUAAGCCCAUCACCACCAGUGAAAAUGUGCCCAUGGACUUCUUUGAACCUAAAGCUCCUCUUGUGGAACUCCUGCAGUCAAUAGACCAAAAGGAGAAAACCGUGAUGCUAAAAUGCAUGGCUUCAAACUACAGACCCUCCAAAGUGAGCAUCCGAUGGAAAAGUGGCCCACAAAACCGGAAUGAAGCUUCUGCAGAACAAGCCAUGUCAGAUGGAACAUACAGAGCCAGUAGUCAGUUUCAAAUCCCCAUUUCUCAGUGGAAAUCAGUGGAAAGCAACACUUGUGAGGUGGUGCAUAAAGAGACAAAUUUCACUGUAGUCAAGAAGACCACCAGGAAAGACUGGAUUGUGCCCACAGCCCUCACCCUGUCUCUCAGCACAACACCCUUCUGCCAUAGCACAGGCCUGGAAAACAGGAGUAGUAUCAUCUUAUUCUGUUCCGUCCACGGCUACUCACUUGAGAAAAUGCAAAUCACCUGGGAGAUUGGAGGGAAAGUUCAGCAAGACUCAAAGGCAGAAGCGUAUCAACAGAGUGAAGAUCAAUUCUACACUACCAGCAACCUGACUCUGUCCCUCAAGGAAUGGAACAAGCUGCAAGAGUAUACUUGUAAGGUGACCCAACCUGAAGCGAAACACAUCCAGACAGCUCAUAUCAGCAAGUGCACAGCAUGUAAAGAUAGUAUUCCACCUCCCAGCCUCUACCUCUUGAAGCCACCUCUCAAGAUGCUGCUCACCCAAGGAAAAGCUCUCCUGACUUGUCUAGCAGUAGGAUAUGAACUGGAGCAUGCUAUGCUCACCUGGAUGGUAAAUGAUCACAACCACACCAAGGAUGCUAGAACAGAAAACAUCGAAAGCCACACAAACUGGACCCAGAGUUUAAAAAGCCAUUUGAACAUCACCAGUCAAGUCUGGGGUUCUGGAAGCAACGUCCAGUGCAUCAUUUCUCAUCCUUGUGCACUCUUCCCAGAUACCAAACAGAGCAUCCAAAAAUAUGAAGAUUCCAGUCCCAUUAAAGAGCCGACUCUCUCCUUGAUCACUCCAUCAGCAACACAACUGAUGCAACCUUCUACCCAAGCUGUAGCUUGGCUGGCUUGUGUGAUAUCUGGGUUUUCCCCAGCUGAAAUACUUGUCUGGUGGAAGAAGAACAAUAGGGACGUUGUUACUUCGGAAUAUAUCACUGGGCCUCCAGUGGUGGAAACUGGAAGUUCCACCUUUACCACCCAAAGCAUCUUGAAAGUCCCAGCAUCUGAAUGGGAAAAUAGAGCUCUAUAUACCUGUGUUGUGGGGCAUGAGUCCUUAAGUGACUUGAAGAACAUCAGUAGAACCUUAUAUGAUCUUCUGGAACCAGCUUCCCCAGAAGUGGUGGCAUUCCACAGCUCAGAGGACAGAGAAGGCCAGAAACUUGUCUGUUUUGCUACCAACUUCUAUCCCCAAAAUAUUGACAUUCAAUGGUACAUCAAAGGAAAUCUUCUCAACUGCAGUGCAGAUUCCUCCACUCUGGUGCCCCUUGCUAAUGGGAAAUUCCAGAAGAGCUGUGAUUUGUUAGUCAGUGGAGAAGAAUGGAGCAAGCCAGAGAUAUAUACAUGCACAGUCAAUCACAGUGCAACGACCUCCUUUGUUAAGAAGGACUUGCAUUCUUCUGGAAUGGUCUCAACUCUCAACAAUGAAACAGCCAUCAAAAUGAAACUGCCAAGCUUUGAAGAGCUCUUCAUGAACAAAAGUGCAGCUGUCACAUGUAUGAUGCAACUAGUAAAUAGAACCACCAAUGCAACAUUCAGUUGGGCAAUGGAUGGAGAAUCUGUCAAUGCAAAUGCUGUGGCUACUGAAGUCUUGGAAGAGUCCAACAGCACGUCUUGGCUCUACAGCAAACUCUGGUUGAAUCUGACUGAAUGGAACGCCACCACAGAGUUCACCUGUAGCAUUUCUGAUGGGCCAACAGAAACCAAGUUCAGAAGAAAUGGCACUAUAAAGCCUCCAAAGGUCUACCUCCAUCACCAGCAAUCCAGUGAAGACUCAAAUGUAACCCUUCUGUGCAUGGCCAAAGAUUUCUACCCAGGAGAGAUCUUUCUGGAGUGGAAGGAGGAAAACAAAGAGAUGUCACUAAAGGGUCACAAUGCCCAUGAUUUGAAAUGUGAUCACAAAAAGCAAAAGUGCUCAUUAAUGAGCAUCCUCGAAGUGCCCACAAGCAAAUGGAUGACAGGCAUCACCUACACAUGCCUGGUAGCCCACAUUUCCUCUGAAAACAUCACAGCUAGAAGAGCCAGUUCCCUCUCUGAUACCUGGGAUUGUGCCAUUAUGGGUGCUGCCGUAUGUGAUGUCCGUAAUGAAAAUGAAGAUGAAUACAGUGAACUGGAGGAUGCCAAUGGCGUCUGGAACAAAGUUUCCACUUUCAUGGUUCUGUUUGUCGUUGCACUUUUCUAUGGGGGUCUUGUGACUUUCAUCAAGGGUCACUUGCCUUCGGGCCUUCAGCCACGGGCCCGCCUUUGGGGCCUGUGGCCACCUUCGGCCUGUGGCUACCUUCGGGACCUGGCCCAGGGCCAGGCCCUCCACCUCCGGGGCCAGGUCCGCUGCCUCCAGGGCCAGGCCCUCCUUAACCCACACAUUGGCAGGCAUCCUCAGAGGGGAGCUGCCAUCAUCCUGUCUACCUCUUUCUUCACAGCCACCCCCACAGCCCCAGCUGUAUUUCCACUGACCCCCUGCUGCCAAGAUCUCUCAGCCGCCUCUGAAGUGCGCCUUGGAUGUUUGGUCACUGGCUACUUUCCUGAUCCGGUCACAGUGCAGUGGAAUUCAGGAGCCAUCUCCACUGGCAUCCGGACCUUCCCAGCAGUCCUGCAGUCCUCCAGCGGCCAUUACACACUCAGCAGCCAGCUCACCGUUCCCGUCUCCAGCUGGAAUACAGAGAAUUUCCAAUGCAAGGUCAUUCAUGCACCUACCAGCUCCACAAUUGAACAAAGGAUUGAACGCUGUGUGACCCAUAGUCCAGUGGCCCCAGACGUCCGCCUGCUUCAUUCCUCCUGCAGCCCCAGAUCCACUGAUGCCUCCAUCGAGUUGGUCUGCAUUUUAUCAAAUUUCUACCCAAAAGAAGUAAGUGUAGAAUGGCUGAUAGGUGGAAAAUCUGGGUUGCUCCCCUCAUACACCGAACCUCCCAGGCAAGAUGCAGUUGGGUACACCUUCAGCACCACCAGCAGUGCCAAUAUUAGCCAAGCAGACUGGCUGGAAGGGACCAUCUACACCUGCAAGGUGACACACGCCGGAAGCCAAACCACCAUGAGAGCCAGAGCCAAAAAAUGUGAAGAUGACAGUACCAGUCAAUGUGAUGGCAUUUAUGUUUACCUCAAAUCUCCGACGCCAAAUGACCUAUACCUAAACAGAGAUCCCAAGGUUUCCUGCGUGGUAGGUAAUCUGGAAAGUGAAGAAGGGCUGAAAGUGUCCUGGUCACGAGACAAGAAGGCAUCUCUGGACCCUGAACCUAUGUCUGUGUCAGAAGAACUUAAUGGCACCUACACUGUUGUCAGUGCUCUGCCCAUCCUUACCAGGGAGUGGGAUUCAGAAGAGACAUUCACCUGCACUGUGGAAUAUCCAGGCGUGCCCACUCCCAUUGUUAAGAAAAUUACCAAGCUUAAAGGCAAGGUCACAACACCCAGUGUGUACCUCUUCCGCCCUCACCGUGAAGAGUUGAUCUUUCAGUCACAUUCACAGCUGACCCUCACUUGCUUGGUCAAAAAUUUGAACCCGAAGGAUGUUUCUGUCCAGUGGUUGAAGGAUAACAAUGCUCUGACUGAAGACAACCACAUCACAACCCCAGUCUUGAAGGACAGCAUUGAGGAUAGCUAUUUUGUCUACAGCAAACUAUCGAUCUCCAGAGCUGACUGGGACCGAGGGAGUUCCUACACCUGCAUGGUUAUCCACGAAGGCCUCGCCAUGAAGUUCACCCAGAGGACCGUUGAGAAAUCCCAGGGUAAAAAGUGAAGACCAUCUCUAUCCAGCAUCACAGCCCUCCUUGUCCUAUCCCAGAUUGUAUUCAAGCAUUUGUAAAUAAUUCCCAUGCAUGCAUGUUUGGCCUAAAGCUAAAUAAAAGAGAUCCAACUCUCA